UGCGCGCAGAGGCGCGGAAGAGCGGCGGGGGCCGCGCCAUGCGCGACUACGAUGCGGCCACCGCUUUCCUGGGCGAGUGGGGCGUCUUCCAGCGGCUCGUCUUCUUCCUCCUCAGCGCCAGCAUCGUUCCCAACGGCUUCAACGGGAUGUCGGCCGUUUUCCUGGCCGGCACCCCCGAGCACCGGUGCGCCGUGCCCCGCGGGGCCAACCUGAGCGGCGAAUGGCGCAACGCCAGCAUCCCGCUGGAGCUGCGGGAAGGGCGGGCGGCGCCGAGCCGCUGCCGCCGGUACCGCCUGGCCGCGCUCGCCAACUUCUCGGCGCUGGGGCUGCGGCCCGGCUCCGACGUGGAGCUGGGGUCGCUGGAGCAGGAGCCCUGCCUGGACGGCUGGGAGUACAGCCGCGACGUCUACCGCUCCACCAUCGUCACCGAGUGGAACCUGGUGUGCGAGGAUGACUGGAAAGCCCCGCUGACCACCUCCCUCUUCUUCGUGGGGGUCCUCAUCGGCUCCUUCAUCUCGGGGCAGCUCUCGGACAGGUUUGGCAGGAAGAAUAUCCUUUUCUCAACGAUGGCCGUGCAGACUGGCUUCAGCUUCCUGCAGAUCUUCUCUACCAGCUGGGAGAUGUUCACAGUGCUCUUUCUCAUAGUGGGGAUGGGACAGAUCUCUAACUACGUGGUGGCCUUCAUACUGGGAACAGAAAUUCUUGGCAAAUCAGUUCGUAUUAUAUUCUCUACAUUAGGAGUUUGCAUAUUUUUUGCAAUUGGCUACAUGUUGCUGCCACUGUUUGCUUACUUCAUCAGAGACUGGCGGAUGCUGCUGCUGGCGCUCACUGUCCCGGGGCUGUUCUGCAUCCCGCUAUGGUGGAUCAUUCCUGAAUCCCCUCGGUGGCUGAUCUCCCAGGGAAGAUAUAAGGAGGCAGAAGUUAUUAUCCGAAAGGCUGCAAAAAUAAAUGGCGUUCCAGCCCCAGCCGUGCUUUUCGACACCACGGAGAUGCAGGAUUCGAAGCCUCAGCAGCAGCAGAAGGCUAUCCUUCUGGACCUAUUUCGAACCCGAAACAUUGCAACUAUUACUAUUAUGUCAUUACUUUUGUGGUUUUUCACGUCAGUUGGUUACUUUGGCUUGUCCCUCAGCACUCCAAACUGGCAUGGAAAUGCUUACAUCAACUGUUUCCUCUCGGCUGUUAUUGAAGUUCCAGCUUACGUGAUUGCCUGGCUUCUCCUCCGCUCCCUCCCUCGGCGCUACUCCUUAUCUGGCACCUUGUUUUUAGGGGGAGGUGUUGUCCUCUUCAUUCAGCUGGUUCCUGCAGAUUUUAAUGUCCUGUCUGUUGGCCUGGUGAUGCUUGGAAAAUUUGGCAUCACAGCUGCAUUUUCAAUGCUUUAUGUCUACAAUGUGGAGCUAUACCCAACGCUAGUGCGAAACAUGGCAGUCGGAGCUACUUCCACGGCUUCCAGGCUGGGCAGCAUCAUCGCUCCGUACUUCGUGUACCUGGGUGCCUACGACAGAUUCCUACCAUAUAUCCUGAUGGGAAGCCUGACUGUGCUGAUCGGAAUCCUUACCCUGUUUCUCCCAGAAAGCCACGGCAAUCCCCUGCCUGAGAACUUUGAGCAAAUGCUGAAGGUGAAAUGUUUCAGAAAUGGGCAACAAACCACUGGCAUUAGGAAUUCAAAGGAGAAUUCUAAAAUUCUGGUAACGCCCCUGUGAAGAAGGAUGCACACUCUCAGAGGGGCUGAAAGAAGAACAAGAUCUCCGCAAAAUACGUUUUCUGCCAGAGGAAAACAAACAAAACCCAACAGUCAGUGCUACCGCACCACAGUUGUUAUCUCCUGUGCUACUGUACCCAAAUACAUAGUUUACUGAACAGAUGCUGUCUACUCCCGUAAGACUCUUGGUCUGUAAUUCAGUGUCUUGAUACCUGAGGUUUGUCAGCAGAUACAGUCCCUGUUGAGAAAUGGGGCCUGCAUGUGCUUAACAUGAUGAAUUCAAGGAGUGAGCUAGAAAUGAGCCUUAGGAAUAACACAGCAAUGACUCCAGUCAGUCAGGUUCUCCAUGAAAGCUGCUGAAAGGAAAAAAAAAAAAAGAUAGCAAACAUAAUGCUGGUGUUUUUUCUCACUGUGCAUGUUGACUGGAUGAAUGGGAGUUGGGUGUCUGUCUUUGAAAAAUCUCAGCACACGCCUCUAAAGGAAAGAUCCUGGCCUCCUUUGAAAUCUAUGACCAAAACCCGAUAGACUAAGUGGGAUCAGAAUUUAGUUGUAGCAAAGCAGACAUAGACUUCACUGUAAGGACAUGGUUUUUAAACAAGACGUCGGAGUAUCUUUUGAUGUCGCUUGCUUUUCCCAGGACCUGGGAUCCACUUGUCCCUCUGAAAGCUGAUGCUUUUUCAUAAAGCCUGAGCCCGCUGAAAUCCUUGGGCUUCCUGAAUGUUCAGUGUUUUGGGGGACGGGGGAAGCCUUUAACACAGAAGACUAUCAGCUUGCUGACUUUCUGAUGGGCCAUGCCCGCUUUCAAAAGAAACACAGGUUUUAGCAAGUCAAUGAUCCUAUCCAAACAUGCCAUGCAGUUUUAGCUUUCAGGUUUUUCAUGGUAUAUUGGCAUAAGCAGUUUUUUAGAUGUUUUGGGUUGGUGUUUUUCAAAGCAUUUCAUUUCUCCUUUGAAUAUAAACCACAUUGUUCUGUACCUUCAGAGAAAGCUCAUUGCAGUUUCAAAAGCCCCUGCAAAACCUUUAUAUACCGUUUACAAAUUUAAAGGGGGGUUGAUGCUCGCAAAAAUCUGAUGUUCUGUACUGGAGAUAUUCACCUGCAGCUAUUAAAAACGCAAAAGGGCUAAUUUGGGACCACAGUUUUUUCAAAACAAAAACCCCCACCAACAAAGCCAAUGUUUUGUUUUUCAAAUCCUAUAGGUUAUGUAUGCGGGGGUUUUUUAAAGUUCAGCAAAGCUAGAUUGGAUGAAAACAAAUUUCGAGCGUAGAGUUGUGCUACUACUGUUUUAUGAACACUACAGAGUUUGAAAAAAGUGUAAUACCUUUUAUUUUUCUAUUUAUUGGCUGUGCAUGUACUUCUUGGCCACAUAAAGUCUAUCAGACCUGGCAGACUGAUAUUUAUCCUCUAUAAAUAAUAAUCAGCCAUGAUUCACCUUCUAUAAGGGCCAACAAAAGCACACUGUUUCAUCUCUAAUGUUGAGAGUUCAUGGCAAGUUGUCUUGUGCUGGCACUUUGCACAGGAAUGAGGCUCUCCCUGUAAGUUCAAGCACAAAUAUAAAGCUUUAAAACAUUUAAAUGCAAGGAACUUGUGCAAUUAUUUCAAGCUGCUCUUUGGGAUGCGGGAAUACUACUUACUUUCAUAUUAAUUUUCUGCAGUUAUGCUUUUGCCAUAAAUGUAACGUGGCAUGAGGCAACCAUUAUCCUGUGACCGCUGAUGUUCUCAUCCCUUCUCAAGCUGGAAUUUCUCUAAUAACAGCAGUAUUUAAUCUUGGUUUUUACUUACUACAAAGUUAAUCUAUAGACUAGCUGUUUAGACAUAACUCAGUUUCUCCACAAAGCCUUUCUAUCAGCAUAGGACAGGUUUGAGGACUUGGUUAAAUAUAGGUGGCCGUAUUUUUAUGAAGAUUUUUAUAUUAAGUUGGUACUUAUUUUAUGUGAUCGUAGGCUUGGGUAUUUCUGAAAGGUAAAUAUUUUUGUACUCUUGAAUUUUGUAGUAUCUUAAAACCUAGUUUUCCUUUUUUUAAAUAAGAAAAAAUGUUUUGGUUUUUUUU